AUGAGUGGUGAUUUAACUUAUGUACAAGAUCAAAUGGUACAUGAUGAAUUUAUUAAUAAUCUAAAAUCUUUAUCUGUGUCACAAUCGCCAAGUACUUACGCUGAUGCUAUUAAAGAAUUAAAUAUUCUAUUGAAACGUUCAAUACAGAAUGGUUGUUUAAGUAAUAACAAACCAUUUGCUUUUAGAAUUAUUGAUAAUUUUUAUCGAAUAGUUCCAUUAUUUGAUAAAAUAUUAUCAAAUUAUGAUAGAGAUGGUUAUAAUAAUUUUGUUGAAACAAGAACUUUUUUGGAAACAUUAGCAAACGCUUUUGAUGGUGUAUGUCUUUUUGAAAUAUUUACUGUACUUAAAGAUAUAUCACCAGUUCAACUUUUAUUUCAAAAUUAUAUUGUUCUACUUAAAGAAACUUAUUUUACUGACAAUAAAAAAUAUGAUGAUCUUGCUGUUUGUAUAUUGCCAAUUUUAGCAUAUUCAAGUGUAUUAACACCAGUAACUGAAGAUAAAAUUCCAGAAAAUCUUCUUACAUAUUUAUUAACAUUUACUAAACGUCAUUGGUUAUCUCAACAUCGAGAAAUGAUUAUUAAAAGUAUUCUAGGUUUAGUAAAAGCUUUUUCAAAAAAUCCUUUACUUGUACCAAUGAUUAUUCGUAAUAAAUGGCCUCAUGCAUGUGUUCAAUGGUUAGUUAAUAGUGAUGUAAACAAUAGUGUAAGACCAUCAUAUAUAAUUGAUUAUUCUAUAUGUCUUAUUAUUCAAAAACUUGCUCGACAUACACUUGGUGUUCAAAUUCUCAAUCAAUUAAAUUGCCUAAAACGAAUUGAUGAAUGUCAAGAAGUAAUGAAAAAAUAUCAUACAGAAAUUCAAUACAAUUGUUUACAUGUUCUUCAAUAUAUGAUCUAUGCACUUUUAAUUGAAGAAGAUGAAAUAAAACAAAUAUCAUUAUUAAAUGAUAAUCGUAUGUGUCUUGUUAUUAAUGAACUUGUUUUAUACACAAUUGAAGCAUCACAUGCUGAGUAUUUCUUUUAUAAAUGUUUUCAUAUAUCAGAAAUGUUAAGUGUACUUAGUAAAUUAUUUGUUAAUGAUGAUGUUCUUUUAAAAUUUGUUAAUGAAAAUAAUCAAUUAUUUGAUUGUUUAUGUCAAUUAAUGAUUCAUUUUUCUAAUCUAACUUUUGAUACAAGUCGAACUCAUCAUCCAACAAAUGAUGAAACAUUAGUUUUAUUAACAAAUCUUUUUUGGAGUAUAUCAUUUCAUAAAUGUUAUCAUGAAAAAUUUCAAACAAAUUCCAUACUGAUGAAUAUAAUAUCAAAUUUAGCUACAUCAUCAUAUAGAUGUGCACAAAUAAAAUCAAUUUCACGUGAUAUGUGUUCACUGAAAAAAGCAGCUGAAGGAAUUCUAUGGAAUUUAAAACCAUCAUCACCAUCAACAUCAAGUCAAAUAUCAAAUGAAAAAUUUGAACAACAACCACUUGCUAUGAUUAGUUAUUCACAUAGUGAUACCGUAUUUUGUCGAGAACUUGUUGAACAUAUAUCUGCUUAUGUUCCUAUUUGGGUUGAUUAUAAACAAGCAAAAGAUACAAUUGCUCAUUCAGAUGAUCUUUGGGAAGAAAUUGCUUGUGCUAUGGAAGCGGCUACUGUCAUUGUUUUAAUUGUUUCAAAAGAUUAUUAUAAUUCCAAAUCAUGCCGACAAGAACUUUCAUAUGCAAGUGAUGCUCUUAAAAAACGUAUUAUACCUAUUUAUCCUCCUAAUCAACAAUAUCGAGCUAGUGGUUGGCUUGGUAUUCGAAUAGCUGGACAAAAAUAUAUUCAUUUUGGACGAAAAUCAUUUAUAGAUGCUAUUAAAGAACUUUCAUCUACAAUUCUUACUGAUCAUAAAUCUACUAUUGAACCAUCAAAAGAACCAGUUGCAUGUUCAUCAUGUGAAACAAUUCCAAAACAAAUGAUCGAUAAAGAAAAUAAAUUAUUAUUAAUAUUACAAAAUUGGACCAAACAAGAUAUUCGAAAAUGGUUUGACGAUAAUCAUAUACAUAAUGAUUUAAUAACACUUUAUAUUGAACAAUUUCAUACUGGUACAGCUCUCAUUGUUUAUGCACGUCAUUUAAAAUUAUUUUAUCGUAAUGAAUAUAUUCGAAUAUAUAAAAAAUAUUCGAAAAUAUUUCAUGGAAAAAAACUUAAUACACUUGAUUUUAUUACAUUUGUUGAUGCCCUUUAUCGAUUACGUACUGAAUAUGAUCCAAAUUCUACAAUAGAGGAUAGUUAUGAAAAAUUUAGUGAACAACAAUUAUCAUAUAGAGUAAAAACUUCCGAAGAAGCAGCAACUCAGCUAUAA